GAAUAACUCACCACCACUUGCGACCCGCAGAUGCCAUCAACCCAUUGGCGUGGAUCCAAUCCUGAGCUUACGAUAGCUCUCUCUCUACAUCCAUAUUAUCGCCGCGAUGUUUAAUACGUCAACAAAUGGCGCGACACCGCAGCCAACCGUGAGAAACACCCGGCGACGCCCAAGACCUCCAUCGAAUGAAGGCAGCCUCAGCGCACCGAAAGGAAAGCGGCAAAGGCUGAACGACCAGACAUUUGUACCGCCUGGAGCUGGGCCGGAGAUGGAAGAAACGAGGAACUCGAUGGUUGCUAGUCUUGCUCGACCUGGGAGCGCAGGGGAAGCUAUUGCUUUGCAACGAGAGAUCGCAGUCAGAGGAAAGAAACCAAGAUCGGGAGAGCGAAUUACGAAGGGUGAUGGAAGCAGUGUGCUUACAUCGAACGAUACAUAUACUGUUAGCAAGCUCCCUGCCCUGCCAGAUCUCUUGAAGACAGACAGCACAGUUGAACAGCAUGGCGCCAUCAAUUCAGAGAAUGGCUAUGCCCUCACCCUUACACACACCCACGCAAUUGUAUGGCCAUACGCUGCUAACAUACAAUCCCCCGAAACCUUCAUGUUUGCUCUUCCACAGCCUUCAAAACGCGCCUCCGACCCACUUCCACUUGGAUCUCUCGUGUCUCAUUCAGCGUCUUCCACAGAACCUGGACUUGUAGUUGUUAUUCCCACGAGCGGCAAAAUAACAUACUGGGAAUCGGUUUCUAGUGCGGCGACUCUAGACCUCAGACUUCAGCGAAAUGGAGUGGAACUAUCGAUCCCUGGAAUGAUAUCGGGGGAGACCGUUAUCCAAAUUUUGAAUGCUGAAACUGCCGGUUUCGUGCUCGCUUUCAGCACUGGUAGAAUUGCAUACAUGGCCGUCAGAGAUGGACAAGGAAGACCUGCAAUUUCCGUACAGUUUCUCCGUGCUGGAAAUGGGCCAGCCAGUGGUAGUUUCUUUGGCAGCCUGCGGAAUGCAUUGUCGAGCUCGGCUUGGCGUGGAGACAUUGCUGCGGUUCGAGCAGGACGACACGAUAAUAAGGUGGGAGAGCGGAGCAUAGUUAUGGCGACAACCAAGGGCAAGCUGCAAUCCUGGAAUAUACACCGCGGCGGACAUGCAGACAUCACCGGAGAUGCAGAAGGUCGAGAAGAAAUUGUGAUGGCCAUCAAAGCUGCAAAUCCUGCGCUGAAUGACUUGCUCAUUGAAGGCUUCGAAAUCCAUGACUUCACAUACAUCCCAAAAUCGGCUGUCGAGCCUCAAUUUAGCGAUCAGAGCGGCGUCACGCAAUUGAUGUUGUUGACCUCCCUGACACACCGACAAAACUCGCAUUAUUUCUUGGUCAGUGUGGACCUGAAGGCCACAAAACUGUCCGUCACAGAUAUUCGGCCUAUCACUUCUUACACAACACCCCCCAGUCGAGACGCAACCUCAAAACCUCGACUGUACCUUCCAAGCCCAGCACUCAUGGCAUAUGUAGUUUUCGCUCGCGCGGUUGUUGUGAUUUCAACCGCCAAGCACCCCGAAUCCCCAGAAAAUCAACUUCGGUCUGAAAGCCACCUUCUCCCACAGCCCUUUGAGGAUGUGAUAGACUUGCGGCGAGAUAUGAACAUUGAGAUUGUUGGGUCUGGCAUGGAAGAGCCACAUGGGUCCUCGCUGGUACUUGACACCAAAUCUCGCCGUUUCAAGGCCAAGCACCCAGCAGCUGUUCUUAUAGUUCGAGGUGGUGGUGUAGUUCGCGUUGCUGCCACCGAUAAAAUCAAAUUGAUCUCUACCGACGCGCCGCAGGUCGAUGCUUAUAGCAAAUUGAAGCAGGCCGUUUUCUACGGGGCUAUCAAGGACAAUCCUCUGAGCUUUAAAGUUCGACCAGAGCUUGAAUUUCCGGCUGAACAAGUAGGCAAGGCGGCCAUCAAACUCAGUGCAGAGAUUCUGGGAUCAGAAAACCUCCCCACUCUAGCUGUCAGUCAAAGUCUGCAGAAGCGAGCCACUUUAUUGAAAGAUCUUGCGACUUACUUGAAGGCCAGCGGAGUCGCCUUGGAUCGACUCACAAAGUGGCAACUACUGGGAGACGCCGAAAAGAUUGCAGCAGCAACAACCAUGUGGAAACGUCACGACGAAACUGUGAGACAUAUGCCAGAUGGUAAGAAGGGUGAUCUCAUGUCCGAGCUUGUCGAAUACAUCAACGAAACCCAAAAGCAUGAACCGUCCAAGGAAAAGGGUGAAGUUGAUGCAGUGAGACAUUGGUUCAUCAACGAUGUUCCUAAGAUACAGAUCGCGAUACCUUGGGCAUUUCAGGUCAUCAAGUACACCUAUCAGGAUGGCCAGAAAGAUCAUGCAUCUGUUAUGGACCUUUUGAGCGAGGCCGAUGAUCUGGUGAUGGGUGCGAUACAGAGCGCCUUCGACUUUCGAACAGCCAACUUGGGUCUUUACGGCCUUGGAGGCGAACAACUCGAGCAUGGUAUUCUGAAAUCUGACUACGAGGGACUCCCAGAGUUCUGGACAUCUACAUUUUUCAUUGCCGAAAAUCUUAGGAAGCAGGUUGAUUUAGGUGGUAUGCUUUUGAGAGAAUAUAUCGGGAAACCUAUUGGGCAGGGUGACCCAAGCGCAGAGGUGGUCGACAAGAUUCGACUUGAAUUUCCCGACCUCAUCGAUACAGCUAUUCGGUCUAAUACUGAGCGCAUCAAAUGGAGCUUAGCGCAGCAUUCGCAAAGUGAUCAAGAGCAAGCAAGCCAGAUGGAAUCAGCUUUGAGCGAUGUUGAGGAUAAACACCUUAGUAGCCUUGCCGCCGACAUGGAUCUCACAGAUAGAGCACUCGCCUUGGCCGAGAAACAUGAGAUUUUACCAGUUCUGGCACGCCUACUACUGUGGAAGUUGGAUUCAAGCCGCAUACAAUCCCUACAACCCGGCCUCAGCGACGAGGAUGCCGAUUACCUGGAAGCUCGAUCUAAGCAAAUGAAGGAUUCAGUGCAACAACUCUUCGUGAAGUUUGGCACUAAAUGGGCGAAGGCAUUGUUCGAGCACGAAAUAGACAGUGGAUUGAUGGAACAACUUCUGGAUGAAUGGAAGGAUGAACAAACAUAUCUGACCGAAUUUCUUCGGAGCAAGCCAGAGUACGCGAAAGUUUCGUGGAUCAAUGAUGUUACUCGAGAGAGCGAUCUUGAAACGGCUUCCACAGCACUUCUCGACCUCGGUCUCAGGCAUGAAUCGGACUUGUGGAGCAAGAAGAUCGAGUUGAGCCUGGGCAAGCUGGCCUUCCUCUCCACACAGGACUACAGCGAGCCUGUUGGAAGUUUGCCAGAUGAACACAACUCGGAGCUUCCACGUGCUUCCAGUCAACUUGGGCUGAUCAGGAUCCAAAAUCAGGUCUAUAAUUUUGUUCUUCCAUCUAUUGCGGCAGCAAUCGACGAAAAUGCUGAGCUCCAGCUAGCCCUUGAAGCACAUAGCAACCGAAAACUACGGAAGCAGCUUAUGCUGUCGAAUCUGUUACAAGAAAGCAUGGCGCGACUCAUCAAGCAAGAGGCCAUGCCUGUUGCAGAGCUUGUCGACCUUCUGACACUGAUGGGAACGCAGGUGGAGACCCUUGCUCAAGAGAAUUUUAUCUACUCCCGAUUCUUCCUUGCACUCCAAGCCAUAAGUUAUGGUGAGUUCAACAAGGACGAGCAGCAACUGAUGCAGCGUAUUGUUUGGAGACGCUGCAUGCUGAGCGACAACUGGGCGGAAGUGAACAACACGACUUCAAAGGACGAGCAGCAGCAUGAUGAGCAACUCCGAAAGACCGCCCUGUACCAAACAUUGUACUGCUGCUUCAAGAAUAGUUUCUUUGAGAAGAACAAGAACAUGAAGCCGAUGAAUAAUAAGGAAGUACUAGGCGCUGGUGUAGCUGAUGUGGAGAGUCGGUUCACCAAUACUGAUGCGAGCACCCUGGAGAGAAUUGUGGGUGACAUGCAAGUCGAGGACGAUAGCUUGCAGCUCGAGGACAAGAAUAGACUCGGGGAUUGGUACCAGACUGUGCUGGACAAGGCGAAGCAAGACUACGAGACUGAGCUUGCGGAAGAGACAGAUGAUGGGAAGAAUAUGCAACAAGCACAGGCUCGACUCGUCCUAGCAGAAGGAGAAAUUAGGGAGAAAGAGCUGAAGAGAGCUGACGCCUUGUUACACUCCAAGCAACGAUACAGGCCUAAGCCUAAAGCAAACGGCCACCUUGGAAAGUUUCGACAGUCGAUCAGAACUUGAAGUUUUCGGGAGGAGUACAGAGGGAUUUGAGGGUCGCAAACGGAGGAUGGUGUGAGACAUGUCCGCAGCGCGGUGUAACAAUCUCUUGAAUUGGAGCUUGGAACUUGAUAUUCAUGGUGUUCUUGGUUUUAUCUGUCAAUCAAUCACGCGAAUCAUUUGGGUCAAGGACGGCUGGAUGGCGCUAAUUGUAUUUCGAGCUACAUGCUUGUGCCUUCUCUUCUUCUUUUUCUUUUUGAUACCUUGACUACUACCAGUCGGCGAACUGGAAACAGCAUACAGUCCAUAAUGAGCACAGCAAGCGAGCAGAAGCGAAUAUUCGGGGAAAAUGGAAGCAUGAAAAAUGACAUGGAGUGUCAAACAGGUACCUAGCGAGCGAGAGUGUGGUAUGGUAUGGUAUUGCAAAACCAUCAAAUGAAACGCUGCUGCAGCAAACCACAACUCUCUUCAUAUAUGAUCUUGCCUGACUGAUUGAUUGAUUGAUUGAUUGAUCGAUUGAUCGAUUGAUUGAUUGAUUGACUGGUAUGGGGGAGCUCCUCCAAGAUCUGCCCCCAGGAUGCCCCCCAAUAAUGAUACUUCCCAUCCGUAACACAAAACAAACACAAAAAACCACGUCCCGCACGUCUUAGCGAGAUUGCUUGCACGCGAUAGCCAGACGAAUCGGAUGAGGGGCGAGCGAGGGCGAGGCUUGCUCGUGCUCGUGCCCUUGCGGGGUUGAGUUUUGUUUCCAGUCUUGGUCUUGGUCUUGUCUUGUCAGGGAUGCAUGUGGGUUGGUUGGCUGGGUUGAGUGAGUUGAGUGGUUCUCGGCCAAGAUGGGGCUACGUUCAGGGGUAAGGUUAAGGUAAGGUAAGGUAGGUAAUUUGGGGGGGGG